GCAUUGAUAGGUAGCACUGGCUGGCACUGAUGGGUGACAUUGAAAGGCAGCUCAGAUGGGCACUGAUAUGUGGCAUUGAUGUGCACUAGUAUGCACUGAUAUGUGGCAUUGAUGGGCACUGGCACCUGGCACUGAUGAGCACUGACUGCUGGCACUGAUGGACACUGAGUGGUGGCACUUCUGGGGCCACACUGAUCAUCAGGGCACACUGAUCAUCAGUGCCCUGAUGAUCACUGUCAGCAUGACAGCUCGUGAGGAGAGAAAUGCCAAUAACCGGCAUUUCCCUAUUUACAUGUGAUCAGCUAUGAU